UCUAUAUCUCUGCUUUUGUGAGCGUUCGUGAAUGGAUAAUAUGGUGGAGCGUCCUUCUUCACUAGUUUUCUGAUGAAUUUUGGGUUGUCUAAUAAUGAAUGCUACAAUAUAGGAGGAGUAGGGGGUACUGUAAAGAGUCUAAAGGACACAUAAGACGCCUGUGCCAAAUUUUGUUGGGAUUACCAUCAUCAUACUAAAAAGCCUUAAAUGUUGUUGCCGACAAUUUACAGUGAGUGACGAGGAAGAGAAAUGGACGUAUUUGCAUUAAUGGGCAGAUGGGAAAUCUUGAAUCAGGCUCAGGAAAAAAUUGGAGGCUUUUAUGGAAGGAAUUAACGUCAUAACUGGUACUCUAUAGAGCAGAAUCAGAAAGCCGUUGGAGGCCUUAUUUCAAAUGUUCCCACAGCGCCCCGAGUCUGUUUUGAGUACAGCAGGCUUCGCAUAAAGAGUAGAAACACACACCCUUUCUGCUGUUUAGAUGUAUCUACUCGGGAGUGGAUACAGAGUAUCUGAUAGCUGCAGGGUGCUGAAAUUUAUGUUUGCACAAAUUCUCCGGCCUUCCCAUUUGAGCAGCAGCAAGAACUAAAUAGAAGCUGGAAUCAGUCUGAAAGGCUCACGUCCUGAAGUGUGGAUGGUCAAAUGAAACUCCACUCCACAUUUGCAGUUCUUCUUUUCCUUUUUCUUCAACUUUCAUCUCUUCACCAAAUUAUUGCGGAUCUGAACUCUGACAGACAGGCCCUACUGGACUUUGCCAAAUCUGUUCCUCAUCUUCGAAAGCUGAACUGGAGUUCUGGUGCUCAAAUUUGCCGUUCCUGGAAUGGCAUCACUUGCAAUAAGGAUCGAACCAGAGUGACUGCCAUUCAUCUCCCAGGUGUUGGGCUCCGUGGUUCCAUCCCAGAAAAUACUAUUGGAAAGUUAGACGCUCUUAGAAUCCUUAGCUUGCGAUCCAAUUAUCUAAAUGGAAGUCUUCCUUCUGAUAUUCUUUCAAUCCCUUCCCUCAAAUCCCUUUAUCUUCAUCACAACAACUUUUCUGGUGAACUUCCUCUCUCUUUCUCUCCUCGACUUGGGGUGAUGGAUCUUUCUUUUAAUUCUUUUACUGGAGAAAUUCCAUCAACAAUAAUGAACUUGACGCGGUUGUCCGUGUUGAACCUCCAGUUUAACUCAUUUUCUGGAGCUAUUCCAAAUUUGAAUCUCCCAAGGCUCAAGGUGUUGAACGUGAGUCACAACUUGCUGUAUGGUCCAAUCCCGGGCUCCCUUCAGAAUUUUUCAAUGUCUUCAUUUGUUGGAAAUCCUCAUUUAUGUGGGCCACCUCUGACUUAUUGCUCUGCAGUAUCCCCAUCACCUUCUCCUUUACCUGACACUUUGCCAUCUCCUCCUAUCAUUCCCGAAAAACAGCAUGUGGCUAACUCCAAGAAACUCAGCACCGGAGCUAUUGUUGCCAUUAUAAUUGGGGGAUCUUCUAUACUACUACUUAUUGGGGUAAUGUUCUUGUUCUUCUGUUUGAAAAAGAAAGACAGUGGCGACAGUGUUGUGAUGAAAGGAAAGGUGUCAAAUGGUGGAAAAAGUGCGAAGCCGGAAGAUUUUGGAAGCGGAGUACAAGAAGCUGAGAAGAACAAAUUGGUGUUCUUUGAUGGAUGCUCUUAUAACUUUGAUCUUGAAGAUUUACUAAGGGCUUCUGCUGAAGUUCUUGGAAAAGGGACCUAUGGCACAACGUACAAAGCUGUUCUGGACGAGGGAAUAAGUGUUGUGGUGAAAAGGCUGAGGGAAGUAGGGAUUGGAAAGAAGGAAUUUGAACAGCACAUGGAUGCUCUUCGGAGUGUAGGGCACCAUACUAACAUCGUACCCCUGCGGGCUUACUACUAUUCCAAGGAUGAGAAGCUGCUAGUUCACGAAUACAUGCCUGCCGGCAGCUUGUCAGCAUCAUUACAUGGUAAUAGAGGUGCAGGAAUAACUCCACUAGACUGGGACUCAAGAAUGAAGAUAUCGCUUGGAGCGGCGAGAGGCAUUGCACACAUUCAUUCUGAAGGUGGUGCUAGAUUUUCACAUGGCAACAUUAAGUCCUCCAACGUACUCCUCAACAAAGAACAGGAUGGUUGCAUAACAGACAUUGGCUUAAAUCCAGUCAUGAAUUUUCUGGGCGUGAAAACUCGAGGAAUUGGUUACCAUGCUCCUGAAGUGAUUGAGACACGAAAAGCCACACAAAAAUCUGAUGUCUAUAGCUUUGGUGUGCUUCUACUCGAGAUGCUUACAGGCAAAUCCCCAAUCCAUUCUUCAGGGCAUGAUGAUGUGAUUGAUCUACCCAGAUGGGUGCGGUCUGUUGUUCGAGAGGAAUGGACUGCUGAGGUUUUUGAUGUGGAACUGAUGAAGUACCAAAAUGUUGAAGAAGAGAUGGUGCAGAUGCUUCAGAUUGCACUUUCUUGUGUAGCGAAGGCACCGGACAUGCGCCCUUCGAUGGAUGAAGUUGUUCGGCUGAUGGAGGAUAUCAGGCAAUCAGAGCUGGAGAACAGACCCUCCUCUGAGGACAAUAGGUCCAAGGGCUCUAAUGUGCAUACACCUUAAAAUGAGUUCAGGUUCUUCCCCAUCUGUAAAGCCCAGAGCUACCUAGGACUUGGACUAUUAUUACUGUUUACUUUGAUUCUAGGUAAUGCAACCAUGCUCCAACAGUGCAUUUGCUGCACCAUCAUGUGAGGAUUUUCCUUUAUUGGUUUUGCUGGACACACCAUUUUAGGUCUUUCUAAAAUCAGGGGGCUGGCAAUGUAUGGUUUCGUAAUAUAUAUAUUCAAAUUGUUGAUUGAAAGAA